AUGGCUCGUCUUACCUCUCUUCUCGCCAUCGGCCUUGGCCUCUGCAGUUCCGUCAUGAGCCAUCCCGGAGAGGCUCACGAUCCAAAGCACAUGGCCAGGGAGAUUCACGCCCGAAAUAACAUGGCAGCCAUUGGUCGACGAUCCUUGGAAUCGUGCUCAGGCUCUACCGCUGCUCAAGCGCUAAAGGCUCGCUCGAUCCAGCGACGCACGAGUCGAGUUCGUGCUCUACGGGCGAAAAGGGGCAUCACUACUCCUUCCAAGAAGUACCGCCGCGAUACCGAUGACCUGACCAGCUGGGAGGAUGUCAACCACAACAUGACUGGCUCGGUUUCAUACGACAUGUUCACACCAUUGGCAGACAUCUUCGACGCCAACUCCAGCUGCAUUCUGUCCCCCGAGAUCACUGCUGGUCCUUACUAUGUCGUCGGAGAGUUUCUCAGAUCCAAUGUUAUCGAGUCUGAAUACUGUGACGGAGUUCCACUCUUUCUCGAGGUCCAGUAUGUCGACGUGGCGAGCUGCCAACCUGUCCCUGUCGCCGCUGUUGACAUCUGGAACGCCAAUGCAACUGGAGUCUACUCUGGCAUUAGCGUUUCGGGCAACGAAGCCGCCGGCGGUGUCAACAGCACAUACCUUCGAGGUGUCCAAAUCACCGACCACGACGGUGUGGUUCAGUUUGAAACCAUCUUCCCUGGUCACUACCAGGGCCGAGCAACACACACUCACCUCCUCACUCACACCAACGCGACAGUCAUGCCCAACGGCACGAUCUCCGUCUGGGACGCACCCGUUUCCCAUAUCGGUCAGCUCUUCUGGCCCGAGACGUUGAGGUCGGCUGUCGAGGCGACAUAUCCCUACAACACCAACACUCAAGAUGUCACAAGCAACGAGGAGGACAUGUGGUCAGUCCUGCAGGCCGACGCGUCUUUUGAUCCCUUCCCUCAGUAUGUGUAUCUUGGCGACAAGGUUGAAGACGGUAUCUUUGCAUGGAUCCAAAUUGGAGUCAACGCCUCCGUGGACUACUCAACUGAUGACUACUAUGGCGUUGCCGGAUAUCUGGGUGAGGAUGGAGGCCAUGCCUUGGAUAGUGGAAUCGGCGGAGGUGGUGAUGGUGGUGAGGGCGGCGGUGCUGGCGGCCCUCCCAGCGGAGCUCAAAGCGGCAUGAUGCCGACUGGAACCAUGGCUCCUUAA